UGCACCACAAGCCUAAUCAAACAAAUGAUUUAUGCUUUCAAAGUUGGCCACAGGGGGUCACCAUCUUGUAACUUUGUUAAACAUCUUUGCAAGACCAAGACUGUGCACAUGCUCAGUGUGAUCUGGGCUGCUUAGGGAUUGUCAUAAAUUAUCAAAGCAGCACAAGUCAAAUGAUUAAUAAUCAGAAUAUACAGACUGCACUGGGUCCUGCCAAUAUAAAUCUCUACACAGUCGCCGACCGCUCUACAGGGAAACAAACAAAGCUGCUUGAGUUCUAAGUAUGAUUGUUUCCGCAGCCGAGCGCCUGAUGGAAAUUUCCCCAGUACAGACUGAGAGAGAAAACUUCACAAAGAAAAUGGCCGAGACCAACCCACUCUCCAUGCGUAUGGGAUCCUGGAAGAUCACAGUCUAUGACCAGGAGAACUUCCAAGGGAAAAGGAUGGAAUUCUCUUCCUCCUGCCAAAACAUCAUGGAAUGUGGCUUUGACAACAUCAGAUCUCUAAAGGUGGAGUGUGGAGCAUGGAUAGGCUAUGAGCACACAAGCUUCUGUGGGCAGCAGUUUGUCCUGGAAAAAGGAGAAUACCCAAGGUGGGAGGCCUGGAGUGGAAGCAACGCUUAUCAUGUGGAACGCAUGAUGUCCUUCCGCCCAAUCUGUGGUGCUAACCACAAGGAAUCCAAACUGAUGGUCUUUGAGAAAGAGAAUUUCAUUGGACGCAAGUGGGACAUGUGUGAUGACUAUCCCUCUCUGCAAGCUAUGGGAUGGUUCAACAAUGAGGUUGGAUCCAUGAAAGUAACGAGUGGAGCCUGGGUGUGCUACCAGUAUCCUGGUUAUCGUGGUUACCAGUACAUUUUGGAGUGUGACCACCAUGGAGGUGAAUACAAGCACUGGAGAGAGUGGGGAUCCCAUGCCCAGACCUUCCAGGUCCAGUCUAUCCGACGCAUUCAGCAGUAAAGCAGCUCCCGUCACCUCCACUGACGCGUCAACAAGGGGUCUCCACCCAAAGGCUCCCAUGGUGCUACCAAUUGCUUUUAAUGCAAACUGUAGAAACAACAAUCUUGUACUGUAAAUUCAUGUUGGGAAGAUGAUUUAUUAAUCGUACCAGCAGCUCCAAUGAAAAAUAAAUGUCAU